CUCCAAUCCAAUCGCCGAGCUCGCUCCCCUGCCCGCCCUGCGCAGCCGCCGCCCGCCGCUCCACACAGCAAAGCGAUAGCCAAAGCGAAAGCGAAAAGCGAGGCAAGAAGCAGGCCGAUGGGGCGGUCGCCGUGCUGCGAGAAGGCGCACACGAACAAGGGCGCGUGGACCAAGGAGGAGGACGACCGCCUGGUGGCGUACAUCCGCGCGCACGGCGAAGGGUGCUGGCGGUCGCUGCCCAAGGCGGCCGGACUGAUGCGCUGCGGCAAGAGCUGCCGCCUCCGCUGGAUCAACUACCUCCGCCCCGACCUCAAGCGCGGCAACUUCACCGCCGACGAGGACGACCUCAUCAUCAAGCUGCACAGCCUCCUCGGCAACAAGUGGUCGCUCAUCGCCGCGCGGCUCCCGGGGCGGACGGACAACGAGAUCAAGAACUACUGGAACACGCACAUCCGGCGGAAGCUGCUUGGCAGGGGCAUCGACCCCGUCACGCACCGCCCCAUCGCCGACGCCGGCGCCGGCACCGUCACCACCAUCUCGUUCCAGCCCAACAAACCCAACGCCGCCGUCGCAGCGCAGGCGCCACAACAUCAGCCGAUCAAGGCGGUGGCGACGGCCGUCGUUAAGGUGCCCAGGUGCCCCGACCUCAACCUCGAUCUCUGCAUCAGCCCGCCGUGCCAACAGAAGGAAGACGAGGAGCUGGACCUCAAGCCCGCCGUCGUCGUCAAGCGGGAGGUGCUGCAGGCCGGCCAUGGCGGCAGCCUCUGCUUCGGCUGCAGCCUGGGCAUCCAAAAAGGAGCCCCCGGGUGCAGCUGCAGCAGCAGCAACAGCCACCACCGCUUCUUGGGGCUCCGGUCCGGCAUGCUCGACUUCAGAGGCCUCGAGAUGAAGUGAAUGAAUAAGCCGCCCAUGGCCAUACGAUCGAUCGAAAUGGCCAGCAGCCGAAUUCUUCUCCUUCGUUUGGUUUGGUUCUUGGCUUGUUGGAUUUGGGUAGGGUAGCUAGUAGUUGGCUAGCUGUUGGUUUUUUAGUAGGAGGAUACAGGAUGAGAAGGAGAGGCAAGAACGGCGAGGAGGAUUCGUAGCUCGUGUCACUACUCACUACCUCAUCAGAGAGCAUAGUGGUAGUAGAGAAUAAAUCCUCCCUGCUCUCUUCUCUUCCAUUUUGUGUUUUUUUUUUAAAAAAAAAGUCCCCUGGCUGCCUGAAUGAAUGUCAGGAAUAAUCACAUAUAGUAUAAUCUGAUGCUAGCUAGCAGGUAAUUAGUACAUGUGUAAAUUUUCAGCCUCAACGUCUUGUUUUGUGGAGAACAUAUGAAGUAUUCAGAGUCGAUAGAGUGCAUAUGCUCUGUUCUCUGAAUACCUGAUCCUCUGUUUUGUGGAGAAGAUAAAGAGUAUUACAGUCUUACAGA